AUGGAGCAUAGUGAGAUACAGGCCAUACAGGAGCUGGAAGUGACAAAUACCAAAGCGGACGAAGAGAUUGAACAUUGGAAGGCAAUGGCGAACUUGCAUCAGAAACGUGUCGCAACGUUGCAGACCCAAGUGAAGACUUUGCGUUCGGACAAGGAUAACCUGGAGAACGCCAUUGCCUUGUGUCAGCGAUCAGCGGACAAGCGACUACAGGUUCUGAAGUGCGACAGACAGAAUGUUGAGGCGGAGAAUGCUCAACUUCUUACCGAGUUGACUCGCAUUAGACAGGAACUUGAAGUCAUAAACCUUUAA